AAUUGCAGCGCUUCUCGCCAACUGCCACACACAUUCAGACAUUCUCAAAUCGUUAGCUAAGCUAAGCUGAGCUUGAGAUCAUUUCAGGACUGCAACUCUCUCUCUCUCUCUCUCUCUCUCUCUCUCUCUCUCUCUCUCUCUCUCUCUCUCUCUCUCUCUCUCUCUCUCUCUUGCUGCAAGGGUCGGAUCCGCCAUGGUUGUUGAGGCAGCGGCGAAGACGAGCCAGAGGUACGCGCUGCUGAUGGCGGCGCACGACUCGGAGUACGUGAUCAAGGCGUACGGCGGCUACCAAAACGUCUUCGUGGCCGCGUUCGGGGACGCCGGCGAGGCGUGGGACCUGUACCGGGCGGUGGACGGGGAGCUGCCCGGCGCGGACGAUCUCGAGGGAUACGACGGCUUCGUGAUCAGCGGCAGCCCGCACGACGCGUACGCCGACGACGUGUGGAUCCUGCGGCUGUGUCUCCUGGUCCGGGACCUCCACGACAUGCGCAAGAGGGUCCUCGGCAUCUGCUUCGGCCACCAGGUGAUCUGCCGCGCGCUGGGGGGCCGCGUGGGCAAGGCGAGCGGUGGCUGGGACGUCGGCAUCAGGGAGGUGACCAUCUCCGAUGCGCUGCUGCCCCGGCCGUCGUGCAGGUUCCUCGACGCGCUGCGCGACCAGCUGCCUCCCCGCGCCAAGAUCACUGAGGUCCAUCAGGACGAGGUGUGGGAGGUGCCGGCCGGCGCCGAGGUGCUGGCCUCCUCCGACAAGACGGGCGUCGAGAUGUUCCGCGUCGGCGAGCACGUGCUCGGCAUCCAGGGCCACCCGGAGUACACCAAGGACAUCCUCCUCAGCCUCGUCGAUCGCCUCCUCGCCGCCGGAUCCAUCACCGUGUCGUUUGCUGAGGCCGUGAAGAGGCAGCUGGAGGCCACUGCGCCGGACAAGGAGUUCUGGCUGAAGCUCUGCAGGAGCUUCCUCAAGGCCGUUGAGGCAUAAGAGCAUUCGGAUGCAUGAUUUGUCUCUGUGGCAUGUACAUGUGUGUUGUGUUCUGACAGUUUAUGGUAGUUUGUUUCGUCUUCGGUUACAGCCUUGUAAUGGGUGAAAUGAUUGGUGACGUUAUAACAUUUAGAACUAU